CGUCAUGAAAUCGUCAUUACUAGCUUUCGCACACACACGUUAGAAUGAAACGUUUGCCUUCCCAUCGAGUCGUCAAUAUUUUAGGCAUCGUUCUCACCAUGACAUCGGACCUCCUCUCCGUGUCCGAGACUCCGAGUCUAGCUUCUGCUUCGCUUCGCUGCGGCAACUAGCCGUCCUGUUGACCGAGAAGGUUAAAGUCUGCUAGGUAGUGUCAUAGACCUCUUUAACACCAACCAUGACCCCACUUCCCUACACUAUCAUUGGGACGCCAUUCAGUACCUUCACCCGAUCUAUCACUCUCGGGUUGACUCAUAAGGGGAUACCCUUCAAUCAAGUUAGAUGCGUUCCACACUCAGACAAAGCAUAUGAAAACCAUCCAUUCGGGUUCCUGCCCACCCUGAUCAUCCACGAAAUUGAUGGCAAGGCGGUCAACCUGAAGUUGCGCGAGAGCGCAGCCAUUGCACGCUUCAUUGACAGGGUUACACCAGAACCAUCUUUGCAUAUUUCCCCGGGUCACGGGAAGGCCAUCAUCGAGGAACAGAUGUGGGAGUUUGUGAGUCUUGCUGGCGCACAUGGUUUCCCUGCAGUUGAGAAAGGGGUCGUGAAACCGCGCGUGGCUGCUACCGACGCAGGCAAACUUACAGACUCUGAGGUUCGCGAACAAAUAAAACCAGCUGUGGCGCAUCUUCGCAAACUGCUUGGUAAAAUGGAAGAACUCAUGGCAGACGAUGGCUAUGUGUUCGGAAGCCAGCUGAGCUGGGCAGACUUCUUUUUGUUCCCGCUUCUCGCAGACCUGAAAGCAAUUCCGGAGGGCGAAAUACUUUCGCCCAGGAUGCUGAAAUGGAUGGAGCAAAUGAACAAAUUGGAGGCAGUCCAGGCCACCACUCCGGGUACCUUGAGUGUUGGUGCAAGACCCCCUUAAUCACCCAACUUGAAUCAGUGCAGGAAUUUGUUGUGAAGCUAAAUGGAGUCCGAGUCCUUUGUAGAUAGACAAGUCAUCUUUCGAUCUAAACAUGAUAUGUAGAACUAUCCAGGCAAUCUUGUGUUGACAUGCUGUAAAUUGUAAAUCAUAAUCA